AUGGAGGUGUCCUUUCGACAGCUGAAUGGCGAAGCGAUGGUUCUUGAAGUCAUGCCAGAAAUGACUGGUCGGGAACUCAAGGAGCGGAUCAAGGACCGCCAGCUUUGGGAUGAUGAACUCACGCGUAAGACGACCCGGGUGGACAUUCUCGUGGGGCCGAGCAGAUUGCUGACGAACGACGAGACAGCUGCAGAUGCAGGCCUUUCUCCAGAAUCAGAUGUGACCGUCAUUCUGAGACGCAACAUUGUGACGUGCUCCCACAAAAGGGAGCUUGUCCAGUUUGGCGAUGAGAUUGACUUCACGUCUUUAUUCGCAGUUCAAAUCCCAAGCGGUGCAACUGAAGUUGUUGGCCACGCAUUUGAGGAUUGCAGAACUCUAGCAAGUGUGAUCAUCCCCGACUCAGUGACCAAGAUAUGUCAGUUUGCGUUUGAUGGGUGCACGUCGUUGGAAACAGUGCCAAUCCCCGACUCAGUCUCCGCGAUUGACUUUAGAGCCUUUGCAGGAUGCACUUCUUUAACAAGUGUGACCAUCCCCGACUCGGUGACUCAUAUUGAGGGCGAGGCCUUUUUUGGCUGCCAUGCUUUGACUGUGCUUCUUUCAAAUUCUCGAACCUGGACGGGGUGUGAGACCUUCAGUUUCUGCAAACGGGUUCGGGUUCUGGCAAAGGAAUCAAAAGACACUGGCUGCAAACGGAUUCAGGCUGUUCUGGCAAAAGAAUGUGAAUGUCAAGAGUGCGAGUACUGCUGGUUUCUGAACGGCUGGGUGUGUCCGAAACGACGGUAG